CUGCGGGUGACGGCUUCAGAAAGCGGCCAGGACCCGGUCGGGAGGCGCUGUGUGUUGUGGGGCUGGCUGAUGAGGCUAGCGGCGCGGCUAACGCUAGCAUGCUAACAUCAGCGGUUAUUCGCUUUUAAAACCAACGGAUUUGUUUACGGUCCGUCGCUCGGGACGCUUUGCUUUUUUAGUUUUCUUGCUUUUUCCCCCCCCAGCGUGAUGGAAGAAGACUCGUGAAGUCCUGCCCUUCCCUUUUGUGUUUUGUGUUUUAAUGUCAGACCAACAAAAAGCCCUCCAGCCGAGGCUGUUUGCUAAUGUUACAGUAUUUGCUUUGAGCUGCACAGGACCCCGAUUGUUUUCUGCUGCGGACGAACUCAGGCUGGGGACAGUCAGCUGUAAGUUGUGAGUGGAGAGAUCGUAAGCGACGUGUUGUUAGCGAGGGCCAGGUCAUCGCUGCAUUGGGGUUUGGUGAACAUCCUCUCCCAUCCCCCUUACCCCCUCUGCCGGAGCAUGGCUCAGGAGACCAAUCAGACGCAGGUGCCAAUGCUUUGCACUAUGGGAUGCGGUUUCUAUGGUAACCCCCGCACCAACGGCAUGUGCUCGGUCUGCUACAAGGAACACCUGCAGAGACAACAGGGCGGGGGGCGAUCCAGCCCCCCGGGAGAGAAAGCUGCUACAUCACCUGCAGGAUCACCAGGAUCAGCUGGUGUGACUGUGGAAAGCACAACCCCAGAGCCCAGUACAGAGGUAGCAGGGACCCCACCCGAGGAACCAACGAGCAGCCCUAGCUCUCCCAGCCCAGUAACACAGCAGAUGACCGCAAUGAGCAUCUCCCAGGAUUCGGGAGCUGUAGACCCUGAUCGAGCAGAUGGCGAGGAGGGAGAAGAGGAGGGCACUUCCAACAGCACAGAGCCACUGGGGGAAGGGGCACAGGCUUCAUCUGAUGGGGACCAAACCCCGGAUAAAAACAAGAAAAAGAACCGCUGCUUUUCAUGCCGAAAGAAAGUAGGCCUCACUGGUUUUGACUGUCGCUGCGGCAACCUGUUCUGUGCCAUUCACCGUUAUUCCGACAAACACGACUGUCCCUAUGAUUACCGGAGUGCAGCGGCUGCCCGCAUACGCAAGGAGAACCCGAUCGUGGUGGCUGAGAAAAUUCAGAAGUUAUGAGGACUUGAGUGCAACAAGAGUCUCUCUGACUUUGAAUUUGAACAAUGGCGACUUGGAUGAAAACACCUGAUAUCAUGGCUUCAUUUGUUCAUGGUAGUCUAAGAUGGGCGGGUCGGGGUGGUGAGGUCGCAGCCACUGUCCUGACGCUUCCCUAACUAGCCUCUCCCUCUCUCUCCGCUGGUGACUGUGGCUGAACCUGUGUGUGUGCGAGUGUGUGUGCGUGUUCUUGUGUUUGUAUGAAAGCGUGUGUGUGUGUCGAGAGUCGGGGAGAGAGCCGUAGAGGCUUUGUGGACAUAAACGUUGCUGUGUGGUAAGGGAAGGCAUUUGAUUUUUACCCCUUUUUGUUUCUCAACUUGGGGGAUCGUGUGGUUUAUUUUUAUACAAUCCCUGUAAGAUGGUUGAAAUGAGACGGGGAUAAGCUGUUAAGGAAUGUGUUGCAGCCUGGAUAACGACACAGAGGUCAAUUUUAGGGUCUAGAGAGUUAAAAAAAACAACCUAACUGCGAGAUUUCAUGUAUCAGCGAGACCUUUUAAGGGCUUUGGAAUAUUAUUUUUUUUCUCCCAGACUGAAAAUGAUGUCAACUCUGUGUCAAUUUGGCAUUUUAUUUUUCUCCUGCCCCUCCAACCUUUGUUCCAUGGGUCACCACAUGUUGAACUCCCAAGUUUCAGCAUUUUCCAGAAAUGUUCUUUGAUAUAUUGACUUAUCAUACUGAUAUUGGGUGCAUGAACAGCUAAUGGUGGGGGAAGGUUGGGGAGGGACUGUGUAGGGGAAACUGAGAACCUUGACUUAACUGAGUGAUUGAAUUAUGUGUUCUUUUUUUCUGUUUUAAUGAGCGUAUGACAUCAGAAGAUCUAUAUUAAUAUAUUGUAGUUAGCUUGAAUUGUGUGAUUGCAUUCUAUUUAUUUUUUAUCGUUUGGUUGGUCUGUGCUGGAGGAUUGGCAGCAUGUGUCAGCAAAUCAUUGAGAUGUGCAUUUAACCUUUGCAUUUAUAUUUAAGUAAUUCCAUCUUAAUUAUAUAACCAUUGAAGAAAAAACACACAAGCUCUGACAUGAUGGAUUAGAGUCCAGUUAAGCCGUUACAAUUAAGAUUUUUGCAGUGAAAUGUCCAUUGUUCUGGAUUUAGAAACAAAGCACAACAAAGUGUGUCAACUUCAGAUCACAAGAUACUGUGCCACACCUACUCAGUUUUGUUCAGCAUCUGGGUCAUUCGCAGUUUAUAUUUGAUGUAUGCAGGAGCCUCGCUGAGGAAAGGGUGUUCGUGUUGGAUCGAGGCGAGGCGUUCUCCUUGAAUGCCCUUUUAUGUUCGAUGGAGUCUGAGUGAAGCUCCACAAUUCUCUAACCACCAGCAGACCACUGACAAAUGCUGAAUAAAAACUGACCUGGGUCGCAGCGGUUACUCCACACACUGACACACACCCUCAGCUAAUGUAAAGAUUGUUGCGAUGCUGCAGAGUUGCUUGCUGUGCUUAUACAAUGUGCUCAGAUUCAGACGAGCCCUUUUACUACGAAGACCGCUUCUAGCUAGCUUCUUCUAGGAAGAUCCAACCUACUUGCAUGUGUGCAGACAAACGUAUGAGGUACCAUUUCGUAACUGACUGCACAGUCUGAAAUGAAGCUGGAAUGUUUUAAAAAGCCACACAGCAGUAGCACAAUGCAUGGCAGCAACCUUGAGGCUCAAGUUAACAGGACUCUAAAGUGUUUUCUUCCAAAUGUAAAUACCAUAUGGCUCCUAUUCAUAUAGUAUAAUCUUAUUGUAGAUUUCUGCCAGGUAAUAAAGGUGGGGGACUAAGGUGAAGAAUAGUACUGUGUAUAAAAGUGCUUUUCAUAAUUAUCCACAAAAAAGAAUUUGCAUAGAAUGGCACAGAAUUAGUUUUUUCCAGCUUGUUUCCCCUUUUAUUUGCAUCUGCCUGUAUCAUUUUCAAACAACAUUCAGUAGCUGUCUUUACCAUGAGUAUCUCAACAGACCACGUGGCUUCUUUUUUUCAAUACUAGUCCGAUUAUUAACAAACCCCUUUGAGCUUAAUUAACCUCGAUGAAUUACACAGUAUUCCAGUCCGUUCUUUUACCAUGCUACUGAAGUCUAGUCAUAGCAUAUAACCCUUAAUAUUACAGAAAAUUUAAAAGGUUUUUGUGAGAUGUAUACGGGCAAUUGAGGUUUAAUUUUUUCAUUAUCGUCAAAGCUUUCCUUGUAAAUGAUGCUUGAUCUGGAGUUGCAAGGUUUUUUCAGAGUAUGUGUGUUGUUUAAAAAGCCAAUGCAGAAUGGGUUGGACAUGAAUGACACUUCCCUCUUGUACACACAGAAUAUCAUGUUGGACCUAGUUGAGUUUUACUCUGGGCGCCUAUGAUUGGAAAAUUGGCCUUAACCAGGAUUCAUGUGAAGGUCUUGGCAGUGAUGAUGGUGAACAUGUCUAAAUGACUGUGAUUGAAUAUACAAGACUGGGACGGUGUUGUCCUGGGAUAAGUCAUGUGAACCCCAAGCUGUGAAAAACUAAAACAUAAAAGGAGUCAAUGCGGAUUCUUAAGUGAUAAUUAUGUUGUCGUGGCUUGUGGUCAGAGCAGCUCUGCAGAUUUGUGUUCCCUGCAUUGUGCCUGCUCGGUUGACGACCAAUACAAAAUAUUUUUUUGCAUACAGAGUGCUCAGUUUUUCAGAUUGAAAGUGCUGUCAGAGAAAAAACUUGUUUACUUGGGAUGAUUGUAAAUCAUGUGGACUUCAUGGUUUACAGUUUUCUGUUGACUGCUCAUCACACCUCCCUUGUUUUGUUUUUUAAGACAUGAGCAGUUUGAAUGUAAACCACCAUAAUUCACACAAUAAGCCGUGACAUCCUCUAUCAAACUACUCAGCCCUAAUAUUGAUUAGGCCCAAUUUUCUUACAUGCGAUGGACAGUUGGAUAGCUAAAACUGUUGUUUGUGGUGAAGGACUUGGCACCAGCAUUUAUGGCAACCAUACCUAAGUAAUCUAGAUAUUAUCCGUACAUUUGUUUUCUCUGUCUGUUGCUCUAAUAUGAUUUUGUUGUUUUCAGUCCCAUCUUUUAGCACAGCCUUUCAUAAUCAGUGUCUUCAUCAUGCAGGGGUUAUGAUUGAUCAUUAUGAUAAUCCUGAACAUUGUGAUGAGUCUGCAAACUGCAGAAGGAAGGACAAAAGAUGUUUCAUUUUGUCUUAUUGAGGUGCGCUUGAGGGACAUGAAAUGAAAUCUACAAUGUUCACAAAAGCUGUAGUUCUUGUCCCUUUGGCACUCCAGUCCCCCAGAAACACCACCAGAUAUCUUUUUAUUUUGUUUUUCUUUUUAAAGAUUUAGGAUUGUAUGAUGUGUAAGAGUAAGUAUUAAAACAAUAAAAUCACAAAGUUUAUUUUAAAA